UAACGCAAACAAAAUCACAAUUUCCAUACCCUCCAAUCCUGCAUUUAAACUAUAUAGGAUUCUCUGCCAGAUUCUGGCAUGCGCUCCUGCUCUACUACCUCACCUCACUAAACUCCCUUUCUCUAUAUCCCAUCUGUCAAAAACCCUCUGCAUCCCUCUCUUUCCCCCUUAUUUUCACGUUUCCCCAACCCAAAUACUUCACUCUCUCUGUUUCUCUCUUACCUCUAAAGUGUCUCCCCUGUUUCCCUUACCCCUUCAUCCCCUACUUUAACUAUUACUGCAGAAAACAUAGAAAGAGGGGGAGAUGAAUAGUAAAGAGAAGCUUGUGGUAGAAGUUGUUGCAGCUCAUAACUUAAUGCCCAAGGAUGGGGAAGGCUCAACAUCGGCGUUCGUGGAGGUGGAGUUUGAGAAUCAGAGACAAAGAACCCAAGUGAAGCCCAAAGACCUAAACCCUGUUUGGAACGAGAAGCUUGUUUUUAACUUCAAUGAUGUUGCUGAUCUCCCGUAUAGAGCUUUGGAAGUUAAUGUUUUUAACGAGCGAAGGUCGGGCAGUAGCAGGAAUUUUUUGGGUAAGGUGAGGAUUUCUGGUUCUAACAUUGUUCGGGAAGGUGAGGAAAUUGUUCAUCUUUACACACUUGAGAAACGGAGUUUGUUUUCUCAUAUUCGUGGUGAGAUCAGCCUCAAGCUUUAUCUUUCCACCAAAGAACAGUUUUUUAAGGAGGGGAACGGGAACGAAGUAGCAACUUCGGCGACUUUUGUGAAGAAGCAGAAGAAUAUGCAUCAGCAAGCAACCUCUGGGUCUUUGUCUCUGCAACCACAACAGCAGCAGCAGCAGCAACAACAACAACAACAGCAGCAACAGUUGAUGCAGGACAACAAACGGCCACAACAACCCCAACAGCAACCUAAGCCUGUGGAGCCAAACCCAGGUGAGUUUAAGCCGGUCAUUAUCACAACAGGGCCUGGUCCAUCUAUCCCCACUCACAACAUUGCCGGUGUUGGUGGUGGUGGUGGUGGCGGCACUGGGGGUUUUAGCUCUUCUGGUUCAAAUGAGUUCACCCUCAAAGAAACUAGUCCUCAUUUGGGUGGAGGUGCUACCAACAAAGACAAGACCAGUUCGACUUAUGAUCUGGUGGAGCAAAUGCUUUAUCUCUACGUCCGGGUCGUUAAAGCUCGCGACUUUUCGAUCUUUGGUGGUGGUGAAGUAGUUACAGAGGUGAAGCUUGGGAACUACAGAGGGAUUACUAAAAGAGCGAGCUUGAGUAGCCCAGAAUGGGAUCAAGUCUUCGCUUUCUCUAAGGAUUGUAUCCAGUCAUCCAUGGUGGAGAUUUUUGUUAAAGAAAACAACAAAGAUGAUUUCUUGGGUCGAAUCUGGUUCGAUUUAAACGAGGUUCCUAAACGGGUUCCACCUGACAGCCAACUGGCUCCGCAAUGGUAUCGUAUGGAAGACAAGAAAGGAGAAAAAGGAAGGGGUGGCGAGGUGAUGGUCUCUGUCUGGUUCGGGACACAAGCAGAUGAAGCCUUUGGAGAAGCUUGGCAUUCCAAGGCAGCUAAUGUACACUUUGAUGCCCUCUGUUCCAUCAAGUCCAAGGUUUAUCUCUCACCUAAGCUCUGGUAUCUCCGAGUAACCAUCAUUGAAGCACAGGACAUCGUUCCAGGUGAAAAGGGUUCGACAAUGGCAAGAUUCCCAGAGCUUUCAACGAAAGCCCAAGUCGGAAACCAGGUGUUGAAGACCAGAGUCUCUCCAGCCAUGUCAAACCGGAGCCCAUCGAACCCGUUCUGGAAUGAAGACAUGAUGUUCGUCGUGGCCGAACCAUUCGAAGAUUACCUAAUGCUCUCCGUUGAGGACCGGAUCGGACCAGGCCGGGAUGAGGUUCUGGGUCGCAUUCUAGUCCCUGUGAUGGCAAUCGAACGCCGAACCGAUGACAAACUGACGGUCUCCAAGUGGUUCACCCUCGACACGCAUUACAACAUGGGUUUGACCGAACCAAAAGUGGUGACUCGGUUUGGUUCAAGGAUCCAUCUCCGUCUCUCUCUCGACGGUGGCUAUCAUGUGCUCGACGAAUCGACCAUGUACAGCAGCGACGUACGGCCGACGGCGAAACCACUGUGGAAGCCCCACAUUGGUGUCCUUGAGAUGGGAAUCUUGGGAGCCACUGGGCUCAUGCCGAUGAAGAUCAAGGAAGGCAAAGGAGGCUCCACUGAUGCUUACUGUGUCGCCAAAUACGGUCAAAAAUGGGUUCGUACUCGUACUGUGGUUGACAACUUAGCACCCAAGUGGAACGAGCAGUACACAUGGGAAGUUUUCGACCCUUGCACCGUUAUCACUAUAGGUGUCUUCGAUAAUUCCCACACCGAUAAGUCUGCCGUUGCCGGUGCCGGAGCAAGGGACUCUCGCAUUGGAAAAGUUAGAAUUCGGUUGUCCACGUUGGAAUCUGAUCGAGUGUAUACCCACGCGUAUCCUCUUUUGAUGCUGCACACUUCGGGGGUGAAGAAGAUGGGGGAGCUUCACUUGGCCAUCAGGUUCUCCUGCGCUAACAUGGCUAACGUGUUCCAUAUGUACACUUUGCCACUGUUGCCCAAGAUGCAUUACGUGCGGCCCUUGUCAGUGAACCAGCUGGAGAGCUUGAGGUAUCAGGCGAUGAACGUGGUGGCAGCCCGGUUGAACAGGGCAGAGCCGCCGCUUGGGAGGGAAGUGGUCGAAUAUAUGCUCGACCACGAUUCUCAUAUGUGGAGCAUGAGGCGCAGUAAGGCUAACUUCUUCCGUCUUGUUUCGGUUCUAUCGAGCGUCAUUGCAUUGGGGAAAUGGCUCGAGUCGGUUCGUAGUUGGCAGAAACCCGUAUAUUCUGUUAUAUUCCUGGUCUUCUUCCUUGUGCUCGACACAUUUCCUGAACUAAUCCUGCCCUUCAUCUUGCUCUGCUUAUCGCUCACCGGGCUCUGGCGAUACCGGUCACGGCCGCGCCACCCGCCCCACAUGGACACUAGGCUCUCUUGCGCAGAGACGGUUUAUGCUGAUGAAUUGGAUGAGGAAUUCGAUACCUUCCCUACAACCCGCAGCGCUGAUCUUGUUCGGGUGAGGUACGACCGGUUGAGGAGUGUGGCAGGAAGGAUACAGACGGUGGUUGGUGACUUGGCUACACAAGGUGAGCGGUUCCAAGCGCUGUUGAGUUGGAGAGACCCAAGAGCCACAUUCUUGUUCAUAGUGUUUUGUUUGAUAGCAGCAGUGGUGUUCUAUGCAACACCAUUUCGGGUAGUGGUGGGUUUGUGGGGAUUGUAUGCUCUUAGGCCGCCCAGGUUCAGGAGCAAGUUGCCUUCUCCUUCUCUGAGCUUCUUUAGGAGGUUACCUUCAAAGGCUGACAGUUUGCUGUAAGUAGGGGCAUGGAAUUGUAGUUGGGUGGUUUUUGGUUGGGGAAUUUAUGAAGGGACAAGGGUAUUUUUGGAUUAAUCUGGUUCAAAAGUUGUAGUCCUUUACUUUGUAUUUAUUUUUAGUCUCUGUCCCUUUGUUGGUUAUGUUGAAAUACUUUUGUAGUUGUGUAAGGAAAUGAAGUUGUCCUGAUGCAAA